GAGAAUGGGAGAAACCAGCGACAAUAUUUUUCAAAUUUAUUCUUAAGGAGGGUGUGUGACUCGAUAAGAAGCAAAGGAAUGGACCCUUCCCACUUCCCACUUCCCACUUCCCACCUACAUAAGCGAGUACCCAAAGUCAAUAGAGACCCUAAACCCUAUAAUUUUUUAAUCUUUCGGCACCCAAUCUCACGUUUACCUUUUAUCCACAAACCAAUAAAAGUCCCAUCCCAACAACAUCUUCACCUGCCCUUUUCUUCUUUGAGGUCCAAUUAGCCUUUCGGGUCUGUUCUAAGCCCAAAUCUCUCUCUCUCGCCCUCGUCUCUCGUCUCUCUUUCCUCUUCCUUCCUGCAAAACCUUAGAUCUCUCGGCCUUCAACGUCGCUUUCUGGGCUUCAAAUCCGAUCCCAGAUUGCUUCUAUUUGGGUUCUUGACCGGCUUUUGAUGGGUCUACCUUGCUGCCGCUUUUGAGAUUUUAACAAUCAGGGCAGUAGAUUCCUCAAUUCAUAUUUAAUGGGUUUUUGCUUUGUCGCUGAUCUGGGCAAAUAUUAAACAUGAUUCUUUUUUGUUUUCGUCUUUUGAUCUAUGAGUGAUGUGUUUGAUCUUGGAUUCCAGUUUCACUUCGUCUGGGCUUUUUCCCUUUUUGUUUAUUUGUUUUUUGAAAGAGAAAAAAAAAGUUAUGUUUUUGAAGCCCUAGAUCUAGGUUUUUGCCCUUUUCAUUGUAAACUCCUUGUUAGAUGUUAAAAAGUCAAGCCCAUUUAGUUAAAAUUCCUAUUUUAGCCCUGCUCCCCAAGGUGGGCCUAUUUGAGUUUUAUCUAAGUUAAUUUGUUAGCGUAUAAUCGUUUUUCCGGAUUGACCCACCGGGUGGUGGCCCGGGCCCAAUUAUUUUUUGACCCGGUCGCCUAUCGUCUGUAUUGUUAUUGAGAUUGCUUGCUUUUGUUUCCUAUCAAAGCAAGCUCUUCUUAUUUGUAAUUCGCAUUUGAUGUACGUAGGGUUGCAAGCAUGGUUCAUGUGAUGAUAAAUUGGUAUAUAGUUUAAAAACCAGAGCUUAGCUAUAAGUUGGUACGUGCAAUCUUUUUGAAAUGUUUUGGUUUAGAACCGGGAGGUUAUCUCAAUUGGCUCAUGCAAGAGUUCGAAGCCUAGCAUUUAGGAGUACUGUGUUAUACCUACUAUACCUAGAGAGUGCAGUGUAAUUUAUUACCCUUGCAACAAUGAGGGCGUAUUUAUUCUAAAUCCUUUUCUUUUCUUUAUGUGUGUGUGGAGAAGUAUUAAAGCCUGACUGUUUGCUGUUUAAAUUUGGAAAUGAAUGGAGGGCUUCUUUUCUUUUAUCUAGAACCUCUUGCCUUAAUUAUGAAGCAUCUCCGAGCAGGGGAGAUUUUGUUUAUUACGUGUGUGUCGCGUAUGUAAAAGGUGAUAGAGUGCUUUGGCUAUGUUUGCCUUAGAUGAGCUACUUGAAGCUGUUGUUCUCUUAUAUAUAUAUAUAUAUAUAUAUAUACACAUAUACAUACUUACAUAUCAUGGACGACUUUUCUAAAAUUUCUUUUCCUUUCAGCUGCAGGGUUUACUUCCAUGACAGAAAUGACAGAAAUUGCAGAUAUGGAAACAAUCCCUGGGGAGAGUAACAAUCAGCUGGCACUGACGACCCCCGAAGCGCAGCCUAUCAAGCGCAGAAAAAAGAAGUCCAUGGUUUGGGAGUACUUUACCAUUGAAAAUGUGAGUGCCGGAUGUAGAAGAGCAUAUUGUAAGCGCUGCAAGCAAAGUUUUGCUUAUAGCACUGGUUCUAAGGUAGCAGGUACCAGUCAUCUGAAACGUCACAUUGCCAAAGGAACCUGUCGAGCACUCUUACGAGGCCAAGGCCAAGAUAACAAUCAAUUCAUCACCCCAUAUAACCCAAAGAUGGGUGGAAGUGAACCUCCUAAGCGACGCUACAGAUCUCCUAGCUCACCUUUUAUCCCAUUUGAUCAGGACCGGUGCCGCCAUGAAAUUGCCAGAAUGAUUAUCAUGCAUGAGUACCCUCUUCACAUAGUUGAACAUCCUGGGUUCAUAGCUUUUGUUCAAAGCCUCCAGCCUCAGUUUGAUAAAAUGAGUUUCAACACCGUUCAAGGGGAUUGUGUUGCAACUUACCUGAGGGAAAAGCAAAGCCUAAUGAAGUUUAUUGAGGGUAUUCCUGGACGCUUCUGUCUUACACUGGACAUGUGGAGUUCAAAUCAAACACUCGGUUAUGUGUUUAUAACUGGACACUUCGUUGAUAGUGACUGGAAGUUGCACAGACGGGUUUUCAAUGUUGUAAUGGAACCAUAUCCAGAUUCCCAUUCUGCUCUAAGUCAUGCCAUUGCUGCUUGCCUUUCGGACUGGAGUUUGGAAGGCAAGUUAUUUUCCCUCACCUUCAAUCAUCCGCUAAGUGAAGCUGGGAUGGAAAAUCUUAGACCUUUACUGUGCGUUAAAAAUCCCCUUAUUCUUAAUGGUCAGCUGUUAAUUAGAAAUUGUAUAGCUCGUACUAUGAGCAGCAUGGCAAAGGAUGUGCUUGGAGCAGGGCAAGAGAUCAUCAAGAAAAUCCGUGAUAGUGUAAAGUAUGUGAAGAUGUCAGAAUCCCAUGAUGACAAGUUCAUUCAAGUUAAAAACCAGCUUCAAGUGCCGAGUGAAAAAAGCCUGUUUCUUGACAAUCAAACUCGGUGGAACACAACUUACCAAAUGCUUGCAGCUGCUUCUGAAUUGAAGGAAGUGUUUGAUUGCUUGGAUACUUACGAUCCAGAUUAUAAGCUAGCCCCAUCAAUGGAAGACUGGAAGUUGGCUGAGACUUUAUGCAGUUUCUUGAAACCUCUCUUCGAUGCAGCCAGCAUCCUUACAACUACAACUCUCCCUACCGUAAUUACAUUCUUUUAUGAAGUGUGGAAAAUUCAUGUGGACUUGGGUCGUUCCAUCACUAGUGAGGAUCCUUUCAUCAGCAACCUUGCAAAAUCAAUGCAAGGAAAGAUUGACAAGUACUGGAAGGACUGUAGCCUGGUUUUGGCAAUGGCAGUGGUCAUGGAUCCUCGCUUCAAAAUGAAACUUGUCGAGUUCAGUUUCACAAAAAUAUAUAGCGAAGAUGCUCCCACAUACAUCAAAACUGUUGACGAUGGAAUUCAUGAGCUCUUUCUUGAAUACGUGGCACUCCCAUUGCCUUUGACGCCAACUUAUGCGGAAGAAGUGAAUGGUGCAAACAAUGGAAAGACCAACGAAUCUCAUUACGGUAAUCUUCUUUCGGACCAUGGGCUUACAGAUUUUGAUGUCUACAUUAUGGAGACUAAUAGCCAGCAGAUGAAGUCUGAGCUGGAUCAGUACUUGGAAGAGUCCCUGUUACCUCGUGUCCAAGAGUUUGAUGUGGUGGGUUGGUGGAAGCUGAACAAGAUGAAGUAUCCAACUCUUUCCAAGAUGGCUCGUGACAUUUUGUCGAUUCCGGUGUCUGCUGCUGCCCCCGAAUCAAUCUUUGAUAUCACAGACAAGCAACUAGAUGAAUAUCGUAGCUCUUUGCGACCGGAGACAGUGGAAGCACUAAUCUGUGCCAAGGACUGGCUACAUUUUGGAUCUUCUGAUGUUUCAAAUGCGCUUGUUAAAAUGGAAUUUUAGAUGUAGAUGAUAUUCCAGAGUAUCAUGUUUAUGGACAUGUUUCACUGUUAGGCCUCUAUUUGUACAAUUAGAAAGAUUUGUUUGGAUGCUUA